AUGAAAUUUUUUAAUGAUCUCAAGUUGAAGUUUGAUGAAAAAGAAUUAGAAGAGAAAUAUUAGAUUGAUAAAGCAAAGUCAAUAAAGAAGCCUGUCUUUUUAUUUAUACUACUUCUUUCCUUCUGUUCUAAUAUUACAGUAUUAGUACUCCAUUUUUUUGUUAAGCCUUCAGAAACUUGGUAUAUAAAUGCCAUAUUAGUUGGUUUGACAAUAAUUUAAGCUAUAAUGAUACUUAUACUUAAACAGAUUCAAUUGAUAUAAUUUGGAUUGACAUUUAGCAGUAUUACAAUAGGAAUUUUGUAAUUAAAUGUUGACCCUUUAAAUACAACUUAAACUGAAUUUUAUGUUUAUGGAUGUAUAUUUAUGUAAUUUCAAGCAGUGCUAUUUAUGAUUUCUAAUUUUGAUCAUGCAUUUUUUUAAGUAAUUUGUAGUCUGGCAAUAAGAACAUUAAUUACUACAAUUUAUUCGAAGAGACCAGAUUAUUUAUCUAUAUUUGUAGGAGCUUUUGCUUGUAUUUUAAUUCUUAUCACAAUUUAUGUAAACGAUAAAAAUGCCAGAAGAUAUUUUAUAUAAAACUUGAAGGAGAACAAUCUUAAAAAGUUAGGCUAAUUUUUGCUAAGUAAACCAUAUCUUAAAUUAUAAUUUCAUGAAGAUUAAUAGAUUUUUUAAUUGUUGAGCGAAAAUCAAAUUAAAAAAUUUCCAGGUUAUAAUGAUGAGAUAUGCUAUGGAUGUAAUACAAGAAAUAUGUUAAGAUUUUAUAAAUCAAAUAAUGAAAGUUUAGAGGACAUUUUAAUAAAUCAGAUUGAUUUAAUUAAGUUUGGUUGUAUUUUAAUUGUAAAAUGUGGAAAAAUUAGUUUCAUAAUAAAAAUAUGUGCUAUAGAUCCACAACAUCGUUAAUAUUUAAUUAUUUUUUAAGAAUAUCAACAAUAAAUAGUAAAGGUCUUACAUUAAGAAGAAGAAUAAAUAAAAUUAAAAGAUUUCUUAAAAUAAAAUCAAAUUUAUUAUCAUUAAAAAAUAUUUAAUUUAGGAGCAUUCAGUGUAUUAUUUUUAAAUAAAUAAAUUAUAAAGAAAAUUGAGUUUAAUUUACUGUUAAAUAAAAUAGUUAGGAUAUACAAAAGUAGAUUUUUCCCAAAUAUUGAAAUUGAAAUCUAAGGGAAAGAGAAUACAAUUUAUAUUUGUUAAUAUUUACAUUAAUUAAGAAUCUUUUUAAUUUAAUUGUUUGAAAUAGUUUCAGAAAUCACUUUAAAUGAUACAGAAAAAGUUCUGUUAAUUCUAAAUCACAAUCUUAAUAAUAUUGAACUUAAGAUAGAAGGUAUAAAUUAACAACUCUUUUCUUAAAAAUACAAUGAAAAUUAUUUUAUUAGUAGGAUUCAAAGCCUACUAUUAGAUGAUUGCUAAUUUAAUGAAAAUGAAACAAUUUUACUAUUUAUAAAUUAUCCAAUUGGAUCAUACUAUUAGAAGAAUAUGUGA